AUCCCCACUCCACGAUCUAUUGCUCCACCAGGAACGAGACGCCUAGCACAGUUCCGCCAGCUUAUCCGCGAACUUUACGAAUCCCCCUCCAUUGUUCUCCUCGCGCCCAACAACCACCUACACGAUGCCGCCCGUCCGCACCGCGCGCGCCAGCAAAAAAGCGCCACCGGAAGGCUUCGAAGACAUCGAAGACACGCUCCUCGAAUUCCAGAACAAAAUGAAAGACGCCGAGAACGCGUCGCACGAAGGCAAGAAGAAGUACGAGAUGGUGUGGCCCAUCUUCCAGAUCACCCACCAGCGCUCACGCUACAUCUACGACCUAUACUACGAGAAGGACGCCAUCAGCAAGCAGCUCUAUGACUGGCUGCUCAAGAACGGGUAUGCAGAUGCGAUGCUGAUUGCGAAGUGGAAGAAGCAGGGCUAUGAGAAGUUGUGCUGCGUACGGUGCAUCCAGACGAAGGAGACGAACUUCCGAUCUACGUGUAUCUGCCGCGUGCCGAGGGAACAGCUCAAGGAGAACCAGGAUAUUCAGUGCGUGAACUGCGGCUGCCGGGGCUGCGCGUCGAGCGACUGAAGGAUUUAUCAUGCGGAAGAUGGGGACAGGAUUCAUAUCAUACGCCAGACACAGCAUCUGCGACUGUGGAGCGCGGGAUGAUACAUGGGGUUACCGCCAGCCUAGGGUAGGAAAGGGUCCGCCCGUUCAGGUCGAAGGAGCAAAGAGGGAUAACCCAACGCUGCUGAACAUGACCGGCAUAUUGCGACUUUUCACGGCGAGCAUCAACUCUUGCAUUGCUCUUCACGGUAGAUGGUCUGUCACCAGCGUACGGUACGAACAAGUGUUAACACAUGCGCAGACGAGAAUGAAAGCAAGCGAAAUGUUUAGAAAUUACAGAUAGAGAAAUGCAGCGCUCCAAGCCAAGCUCCAAGCC